CCGACAAUCAGCUUAUGAUAUCAUCAAAAAAUCUUUUGGUUGUCAAUAAAAGAAAUCUUCACAUCCACACAAUAAAAUCUAGGUCUCAGAGACUGCACUGGUGUUAAGCUUAGCACUGACCAAUGACAUUUACACUCCAUUAAAGGUAAAAUCCUCAGUACGUUGAGUAUUUAUACCAGUUGAAAUACUUUCAACACUAAUCUGAGAAUAAAUGUCUAAUAAUCCAUCUUGUCAUGAUGAUGUUACCUAAUAAAAGGACUUUUAGAGAUCAGGGUUCCAAAAACAAAGAUUACAAGCUCGUUGUGGUUCUAGCACCUCUCUCCAAGUCUAUUGACUCAAGAACCAACAAAGUCAAUGCAGGGGGCAACAUGUGUUUACUGUUUCCAAAAUAGCACCUUCAGUGUCACUUCUUGUUAGCCAAUCAAACGCUGUCCUCUCACUAAGAGUAAAGAAAAUAUCCAAGCUCUCUACAUUCGUCAAGACAUUUUGAUCACGAUGACAUCUCUGAAGUGUGAUUUACACCUGACUUGUCUGUGCUUGUGGACAACAACUCUGACAACUAUGUCUCUGCAUCAGGAGAGUGGUUUUGUAUCUGUUAAUGUUGGCGACAGUGUGACAUUACGAUGUUUCUAUGAAGAUGACGUUGUAGCAGCUUUUUAUUGGUAUAAACAAAUCCUGGGACAGAAACCAAGGCUCAUCUCAAGCUUCUUUAAACAUGAGAAAAAGGGCACUUUUUAUGAUGAAUUCAUGAACAAUCAGCACUUCACACUGGAUACUGAAAAGGGUAAAAAUCACUUGACAAUCUCAGAUUUGCGCAUUUCAGACUCAGCCACUUACUACUGUGCAAGCUGCUAUAUAUACGACAUUGAUUUUGCAGAGGGCAUUACUGUCAAUGUGAAGGGUUCAGGUUUGGACAUCCCAGUUUUGGUCCAUCAGUCAGCAUCUGAGACCAUCCAGCCAGGAGGCUCUGCGACUCUGAACUGUACAGUACACACUGGGACCUGUGAUGGAGAACACAGUGUUUACUGGUUCAAAAGGUCUGAAGAUUCUCCUCAAGCACUCAUUUACACCCAUGGAGGCAGGAAUGAUCAGUGUGAGAGGAGACCCGACACACAAACACACUCCUGUGUCUACAACUUGCCGAUGAACAGCCUGAAUAUUUCUCAUGUUGGGACCUACUACUGUGCUGUUGCCACAUGUGGACACAUACUGUUUGGAAAUGGGACCAAGCUGGACAUUGAGUAUGAGGUGAACCCUCCUGACAGCCGUCUGUACUUCUUGAGUGGUGCUUUGGUAUUCUGCACCAUCCUGGUUGUUUUCCUGACUUUCUCAGUGUACAACCUGAACAAGAGAAACAGAUGCCAAUGCACAGCAGAGUCUCAAAGAGCUUCAGCUUCUACCACAACAAAUGGAGAGGGUUACCAAGAUGCAGACAAUCUCCAUUAUGCUGCUUUAAGGGAUUACAGAGUCAGCAGGUCAAGAAGACAGAGAGACAACACUGAAACUGUAUGUGUGUACUCCAGUGUCAGGCAGUAGAUCUGGACACGCUUCAUCUGUAUUUUGUUUAUGUCUAAGAUCUAAUUGUGUUAACACCUGUUAAAAUGAAUGCCAUUAGAUUUUCUUAAAAUAAAACAGUAAUAGUGCAUACUGUAUAAUAAAUGUAAAUCCUUGUAUCCAACCAUUUGAACAAGUUUAUGCAGCAACUCUAUGUAUGAUGUGCUGGUAAAGUUGCCAGAUUUCCAUUUUCACAAUACUGUCCCCGCUGUAUUGAUCUGUCAGUGUUGAAUGGCUGAAAACAAGAGGUGAAUUCUUUAUGUUUUUGUUUUUAUAUGUUGUUGUAGAGGGCAGCAUGUGGUUACCAUUGUCGCCCAACAGCUUCCAGGUUCCAGGUUCCAAUCUGGGACCUUCUGUGACUGUGUGGGUUUUCUCCGGGUAUUCCAGUUUCCUCCCACAGUCCCAAAAACAUGCACAUUCGACUAACUGGCUACUCUACAUUGCUCCUGUGUGUGAGCGUGUGUGGCUGUCUGUCUUUGUGUGUCAGCAGGGUGUGUUCCCCUUGUCGCUCGUAGUCAGCUAAGAUAGAUUCCAGCCACCUCGCGACCCUUAUGGAUAAGCAGUAUAGAGAAUGGAUGGAUGAAUGUUUUUGCAAAUUUUGCUUUAAGAUGUAAAAAACUCUUUGACAGUUUCUCUCUUCGCCUGCAGUGAAAAGAUCAAACCUCUGUAUGCUUUACUAAGGGUCAGAUGUAUGCAUAUUUAGAAACAUUUGCUUCAUUUGUAGCAGAAUGAGUUCUUAUUGUAAUUUUCUACAAUAACCACUUUGUAGUUAUAAUCCCUCAAAUUAUUUUAGUUGAUAAUGGAUUUGUUGGUUCAUCAAAAUCAGUACAUUAAAAAGGCCAGAUGCAUUGCUGUGUGUGAAGGACCCUAAGGGAAAUACAUUUUAACCUGUUUUCUUAAUGACAGUUCAUUUUACAUCUAUAAUAUAGCAUGCUGAGUUGUUAUUUGGCUCUGCUAUGAACACAGAAAUGAAACAGUCGUUUCACUGAGACCUGUUGACCUUGCGCAUAUUUUUUUGUGUAUCUCUUUCACUGCAGCAGCCUUUGUAGUUUUCAACAGGAUGUGAAUGUGUUUGUGCUCUUAUUCUGUAGUGUAGUGUCUGUGUUGGAACUGAGCUAAUGACUAAGCGAAGUAAGAGGCUGCUUCUCAUAUGUUUGCGCACGUGUGUGUGUGUGUGUGUGUGUGUGUGUGUGUGUGGAGACGUAUUCCUGUAGCUGUAGCUUUAUGUCUUCAUUUUUGUACAGUGGAAGGAAAUUGAGAUGCAUUGUCAUGUCAAUUUUAUAUAUAUUUUAUAUGUGUCAUGUUUUCGACCCACAAAAUGCAGUUUUUAGAAAUUAUCAGUGUGUUCUUACAUCCAUGUGAUUGGCCAACAUACCAUCUUGACUGCUGACAUUACAUUGUCUGUCAUUGGUAUAUGGACACUUUUAUCUUCAGGCAGUAUGUGUGGAAAUAGUUCCUUGGGCUUCUUCAUUUUUUAAUGUGCAUGAGAAAAGCGUGCAUUUUCCAACCCACCCUGAUGAGUGUAUCCUUCCUGGUUCAACAAGUUCAGUCGUAACAUAAAUAUACUGUAUGUCACAAAUUCUAGUUAAGUUAUCAUUAUCAACUCUGUGUUGUUGUGAUGUUGUGUGUUAUUUAUCAAUAGGAUGUAAAAGACACCUUGAACUCUGUGAGACUUUGUGAACAUGUUAGCAUUGACUACCUUCACAGGGAAAUACUGUGAAAGUAGUCAUGCAGUUGAUGUGCCGUCCCAUAGUCGAGACAAAAAAAGAAAACUGCAAUGUGCCCUGAGCUCAGUACUUUCAUUGUAACCACAUCAUACUCCCCUCACUUGGUUUCCAGAGUUUUAACACAAUCAAGCACAGUCUCAAAGAUCUCUGCCCCUGACACACAAGAAAAUAACAACAACCUUGUUAUAGUACAUUUCCAACUACAGCAAGCUAAUAGAGAA